AUGGCGGAAGUGGUCGGUACCCUAAGUGCUAUCACAUCCCUAGUGACUCUGGCCCUUCAAUCUUCUAUCACUCUCUAUCAGACUGUUCAGAGCCUCCAAUCCAGAGACAAGGUGAUUCGUGAGCUUCGUCAGGAGAUAGAGGCUCUCCAGGGUGUUCUUCAAGCACUAGGUGAAUCAAUUUACGAUGUUGAAGUCGAUCUCACAGUGCUUGAGCAGCCCCUUAAGCGAUGCAAUAAAGCCUGUGGUGAAUUCAAUGAUUUGAUCAUUAAAUGCACGUCGCACUCCACCCAGGAGCAGAACAGCAAAAGAGACUGGCUAAGGUUGAGGUACAUGGGUGGGGACAUCACCAAUUUCAAGGACAUGUUGUCUAGUUAUAAGUCAACUAUUUCUAUUGCACUCGCAUAUGCAAAUUUACGCACCACAAAGACUACAAGAGGUGUUUUGGAGGAAUAUAAAAACCUUAUCGAAAAUACAAAAUGUGAUCUGGAAAAUCACUUGCAAGAUAUUCAAGCGAAGCUACAAAUCGCGUGUGCUCAAGGCCCCGCGACAGCUGGUCUCGACCCAGUUGAGCUCCAACUAAUGGAGGACGAGAAGAGUAGUACACAGAAGAGCCUCGAAAUCUGUGAACAAUUCCUCUCUCUGGUCGACCGGUCGCGACCGACUUUAGUGGGUGAAGUGACCAAUCCUUCCAGACUCGUUGAUAGAGCAUCGUCCUCCCGUAACCAUAAUGUUUCAUGGUUGAUCAAUGCGGAGGGACUCAAUUCUACUUGCAAGGAAAUUAUGAGCUGGAAGUUACGUUUGUUGCAGCAUCUAUAUGGAGUCGAUCGAAAUGUUCAAGGACAACAGCGCUAUCUGCCUUACUUAAACAACGAGCAAGAAUCCGAGGAGCAAACUUUUCGAGAAGAAUUAAGUGGCACAGAAACGCUGCUCAAUUUUUGCAAGCGGAUUGAAGAAGAAGAAGCAAGGCAACUACGAACUCACUACUUUGAAGAUGUCACCACAGGUGAUAAUAGCCGACAAGCCAUUGUCACUACUCUCGACGAUCUUAUAUCCGCCAAACGCAUCAAGUCAGGUGAUAAUUCACUUCAAGCAUUGGGUAAUAUGUCAGAUGAAAGCAUUCAAUCUUUUUUCAGUGGCGCUGGUGCCGAUGCCGGAUCAAAGAACCAAGGAAAAGGCAAGAAAAAAGAUGAAGCCAGCCAUUGA